UAAACCGGGAGCAGCAGGUCACCCCGCCGCCGUUGCCUCCGCUGACAGGUCCGCCGAGCCGGUACAGAGAGAUAGGUGAACGGCAGCACACCGGGAUCUUAAACCGUCCUUUGAUACAGACGCUCAUUUAACCCGAUAUAUAACUCGACUAUGGUGGCUGUGUGAGAGGAAAAAGAUGGCACAGAAAGACACGCUGCUGAAUCUCUUCGCCGGGGGGUGUAGUGGUACGGUGGGAGCCAUCGUCACUUGCCCCCUGGAGGUGUUGAAGACACGGUUGCAGUCCUCAGCCUUCGCUCUCAGGCCUGUUUUUCAGGUGCAGCUUGGCACCCUAAGCGGCACCGGGGUUAUUCGACCAGGGACUGUUACACCCGGGCUGCUACAGGUCCUACGAUCAAUUCUUGAAAAAGAGGGACCGAGAUCACUCUUCCGUGGUCUUGGGCCGAAUCUUGUUGGCGUUGCCCCGUCAAGAGCCAUUUACUUUGCAGCAUACUCGAAAUCUAAAGAGAUGUUCAAUGGGCUGUUCGUCCCUAAUUGUGGAUUGGUGCACAUGUCCUCUGCUGGUGUUGCAGCUUUCUUUACUAACUCUCUGAUGAACCCCAUCUGGAUGGUCAAGACAAGGAUGCAGCUGGAGAAAAGAGCCAAAGGGGAGAAGAAGAUGAAUGCACUGCAGUGUGCCCGCUAUGUUCACAAAACAGAAGGUGUGCGGGGCUUCUACCGAGGCCUGACUGCAUCCUAUGCCGGCAUCUCGGAGACCAUGAUCUGCUUCCUCAUCUACGAGACACUGAAGAAACACCUCGCCAAGAACCAAUACAACUCCCCGAACAAUGGGAAGGAGAAGGGAGCCUCGGUCUUCCUGGGUCUGAUGUUGGCAGCUGCUUUUUCAAAGGGCUGUGCUUCCUGCAUAGCUUAUCCUCACGAGGUCAUUCGGACAAGACUGCGUGAAGAAGGCAGCAAGUACAAAUAUUUCUUCCAGACGGGGAGGUUGAUAGCGGUGGAGGAAGGCUAUGCCGCUUUUUAUAGAGGACUCAUUCCACAGCUCAUCAGACAAAUCCCCAACACGGCCAUCGUCCUCGCCAGCUAUGAACUCAUUGUCCAUCUGCUGGGAGAGUCUAAGUGAAGAGAAGGCUUUUUGGUUGGGAUCUUCCUGCCAAACAAAGGAGGCCACAAAAAUCCCACGACACGUUUGGAAAGUGACUUUUGAAAAUGCACCACAUACCUGGGUUUAAUGUGGUGCUACAGAGACUUUUAUGGUGGAACUGAAGCAGGUUGUACUGUUAUCCAAAGAGCUAAACACAUUAUUUUAUUGAAAGCUUGUUAGUUCAUCAAAAAUAACUGAAGGAGUUUUGUGGUACUUAUUAAAACUCCAAACCUGUGAAAGAGGUCAUCUUUUUAGAAGACUAGUGUUAAGUUAAUUAAAUUAUUUUAUGUUUUGUUAUUUUACCGUGUUUGUUUCAUUUUUAUCAGUGUACCAACACACAUAACUGCGCAGGUUGACUCUCUUAGUUAAUGAAGGGAAGUCAUUCAGAUAAUGUGCUAAUAGUGCUGUUUCUUGCAAUGUAAUGAGCACGCACAUCAGUUAGAGAUUUCCGUUUCACAAAUACCAUGUGCUGGUUUUGAAUUACAGAGAAAUGUAUCAUAUUUUCAUUAAUAUAUAUAGUUAUAUACAGGGGUAUCUGUAUGUUUUUCUUUGUAGGAAAAGAGACCUUUUACAAUAUGAGAGCAUGGAUGCUUAUUUGACCAAUGGAUCAAUAAAAUGCAUCAAGAAACUUUAUUACUUGGUGGUUGACAAUACAACAAUCUACCUUUUUUUUUUUUUAAAGUAAUGAAAGCAGAAGGGCCGAGCACUGUUGUGCUUUAAAGAUGGCAACAUCACAAUACACAAGGGACUAGUUGGCUGUUUAUUUUGAAGUCCAAAUAUUCUGUUGAUUUCAUUUAAUGAUGUAUUGCUAUCUGGCGAAGAUUUGACAGAAAAAUAACUUGAGAUAAAAAGUGUUUUAUAGUCAGAGUUCUCUUUUAAGGGAUCUUUGUUUUCCUCCUUUUGGGACUAUUUUUUUAUUUAUCCAGCCUUAACUGUCCAGUCAAUGCUCUCCUUCGCUCUCUAUUUGAAUGGUAGUAUGUUAAUGCUGGGACUGAACAUCAGGAUGUGUUUUUUCUAAUAAUUUUCAUCCACAUACUGUUCAUUGUUGAGAUGUGUUACUGUCUUUUUCCAGUAAUGCCUGCUUCACAUACAUUCUCCGAUCUGGAAACAAGUCUUCCUCAUAUCAUAAUACCAUAUAAAAGUUUUCACACCC